AAAAGGCAAAAUAAUUUACUUGGAAGUUGGAACUCAAGAAGAGAGACGAGUGAGUAUAUAAACCAAGAUCAGCAUUACAGCCCGGAUUCUGACAGGAAACAACAGAGAGAUGUCAUUCGAAGAUCCAUACACCGUAGACGCAUCAUCAGAUCCGUUCGGAUUCGCUGAUCCCGACCCCAACACUUACUCUCUUCCGAUCUCCAACGGUAAUGGCACUCACGCCUACAAUAUCGGAGACGAUACUGACGGAAUCUUCACCUCCGACGGUCCACUGCUUCCGCCUCCGACUGAAAUGAAACGCGACGAAGGUUUCGCUCUUCGUGAAUGGCGCCGACUAAACGCAAUUCGCUUGGCGGAGAAGGAAAACCAGGAGAAAGAAUUACGAACUCAGAUUAUGGAAGAAGGCGAAAUGUACAAACGAGCUUUCCAUGAGAAAAGACUUCAGAACACCGAGACUAACAAGCUUACCAAUAGAGAAGGAGAAAAGUUAUAUGUAGCAAAGCAAGAGAAGUUUCACAAAGAAGCCGAUAAACAGUACUGGAAAGCAAUAGCGGAGCUCGUUCCUCGUGAGGUCCCGAACAUCGAGAAACGAGGCAAGAAGGAUAAAGACAAGAAACCAUCGAUCGAAGUCAUUCAGGGACCCAAACCCGGAAAACCAACUGAUCUCUCGAGGCUGCGACAGAUUCUGGUGAAGCUGAAGCAAACACCGCCAGCACACAUGGUCCCUCCACCGCCACCACCCGCCAAGGCUUCCCAAGAUACAAAGGAUGCAGCAACACCAACACCAACGCCUGCCGAAACUGUAUCUGCUAAAGAUGAUGCCACCAGUGGAACCGCGGUUGCCCAACCUGUCAUCGCCAUUGCUGCCACUUGAUCUGGUUGGUGUAAAUGACUGUAUACGUUUCUUGUCAUAUUUGAUUGUUUACAGAAAUGUUUUGUUGUGUUUGCGGGACAAUCUGGUUGUAUUGUUUUUGUUACGAUGGUUCUGAGAGCUGAUUCUAUUAUUCAUUUUGUUUUAAUAUGAACAAUAAUUUCUUUUAACA